AUGACCAAGGACUCGCCCAGCCCUUCGGGCGGCAGCCGCGCGACACCCAAGAAGCCGAGUAGUCCAAGCCCGGCGGCUGCGGUGCUGGAAGAGCAGAGGCGGGAGCUGGAGAAGCUGCGGGCCGAGCUGGAGGCGGAGCGGGCGCGCGGGCGGGCCGAGCGGCGGCGCUUCGCGACCCAUGAGCGCCAGCUGCGGGAGGUGGCCGAGCGGGAGCGGCAGCAGCUGGUUGACCAUCUGCGCUCCAAGUGGGAGGCUCAGCGCGGCCAGGAGCUGCGGCAGCUGCAGGAGGAGAUGCUGCGGGAGCGCGAGGCCGAGAUCCGGCAGCUGCUGCGCUGGAAGGAAGCCGAGAUGCGGCAGCUGCAGCAGCUGCUGCACCGCGAGCGCGACGGCGUCGUGCGCCAGGCCCGGGAGCUUCAGCGCCAGCUGGCCGAGGAGCUGGUGAACCGCGGCUACUGCGGCCGCGCGGGGGCGCCCGAAGCCGCCGCCGCGCAGUGCCACUGUCGCUUGCAGGAAGUGCUGGCACAGCUUCGCUGGGAGACGGAUGGUGAGCAGGCCUCGCGCAUCCGUCACCUGCAGGCGGCGCUCGACAAGGAGCGCCAGCUCUUCCUCAAGUACAUCCUGGAGCACUUCCACUGGCACCCCGCUUUGUCCGGCUCUCCCGACCCCCAGGCAGUGCAUUCUUCGGGAGAGCCGCCGCCAGAGACUGCCGGCGCCUCGCGAGACCCCCCGAAGUCUGCCUGUCGACUCGAAUCCCUCGACAGCCUGAGCUCUGGCGUCCGCGUGCGCUCCCGCUCCCUCGACGAGGUGCCGGCGGCGUGUUCCAACUCCCCAGACAGCCUGCUCCCCACGCGCUCCAGCUCCCUCGAUUCCUUGGCACCAGCGCGUUCCCACUCGCUCAACAGCACCCUGAGUCGCCCCAAGGCCCCUGAAUCCGAGGAGCGGGCCUCUUCCUCGCCAGACGCCUCCAUCGUAGGCUCCCUGAGCCCCCCGCCGCCGCCGCCGCCACCACCACCACCACCACCACCACCACCACCACCACCACCACCACCACCACCACCACCAUCGGAGCACAGGAGACCUAGAGACCCAAGAGGAGGAGAAGAGGCCAGGAAGCAGCCCUGCGGGGCCCCGACCCCCUUGCCGCCGGGCCUGGACUACCAUGAGCUGGUGAAACAGAACGCAGAACUGUCCGACGCGGUGCAGGUGCUGGCGCGCCGCUGCUCAGGCCUGCGCGAAGAGAACAUGCAGCUGCGGCGCGCAGGCUUCCCGGAGGAGGCGAACGAGAAGGUGAAGCGUCUCAAGGUGAAGCACGCCGAGCUGACAGGCCUGGCGCGGCGCCUAGAGGACCGGGCCCGCAAGCUGCAAGAGACCAACCUGCGGGCUGUGAGCGCGCCUGUGCCUGGCGAGAGCCGCGCUGGCCUGGAGCUGUGCCAGGCAUUCGCCCGCCAGCGCGCCCGGGACUUGUCGGAGCAGGCGAGCGCUCUGCUGGCCAAGGACAAGCAGAUCGAAGAACUGCGGCAGGAGUGCCACCUGCUGCAGGCGCGUGUUGCCUCGGGCGUCAGCAGCGCCCUCCACUCUGGGGGGAUGGCCGCCCGAACCCAGGGGCUCAGCGUCAGCGACUUGGACCGGCUGCAGCGUGAGUCCCAGCGGGAGGUGCUACGCCUACAGAGGCAGUUGGCGCUGCAGCAGGGCACCGUCGGCGCCCGAGCCGAGGCGGGCGGGCAGAGCGCACCCUGCGAAGAGGCGCGGCGCCAGGUGCAGGAGCUGGAGCGCGAGCUGGGCGCCCGGCGGCUGGAGUGCGAAGAGCUGGGUGCGCAGGCGGCGGCGGCGCGGCGGCGUGGCGAGGAGGCCGAGGCGCAGCUGCAGGCGGCGCUACGCGAGGGCGCCUGGCUGGCCAAAGAGAACGCGCGGCUGCAGGCCCAGGCCGACUGGACGCAGAAGGUGGCGGCCGAGAACAACGACGUGCGCGGACAGCUGGGCCGCGCGUGCCAGGAGCGCGACGCCGCCGGCUUGCUCGCGGAGCAGCUGCUGCAGCAGGCGGCACGCGGACAGGACAGGCAGCAACAGCUGCAGCACGACCUGCAGAAGGCCCUGAGUGAUCUCCAGGCUGCCCGGGAGGAGAUGUGGGCACUGCAGUGUCAGCCUGGUCACCCUUCCCAGGAACCCCAGGAGUCCCCCCAAACCGUGGAGUACCAAGUUAAAGGUAGUGGAAGGACCAAGUUCAAGCCAGGGCCUGAAGACCAAGCAUCCUCACAGCCCAGCAGAGACAAACAGGAAAAGAAGGAAGCCUCCUUGCUGGAGACACCAGUUGCCCUGGGGGAGCCAGCCACUGCCCCCCAAGUGCCAGACAGAGUCCUAGCCAGCCAGCCUCUGGACGCCAGGCCCCAGGCCAAGAAAACCAGCUCCCAUCUGAACUUCUCCUCUGAGGUGGAGUCCAUGUGGGCCACCGUACAAUCUUGCCCUGCUCUGGACAUGGACACAGCCAGCGAGGGGGAGGAUCUGGAGCCUGACAGUGUGUCCUCAACCCUGGAAGUGGGGGACUCAGAGGCCCCCACCACUCCCAAGUUCAAGAUCUUCCUGGCUCAGUAUAGCUACAACCCGUUUGAGGGGCCCAAUGAGCACCCUGAGAGCGAGCUGCCCCUCACGGCUGGGGAUUAUGUAUACAUCUUUGGGGACAUGGAUGAGGACGGCUUUUAUGAAGGGGAGCUUGAAGACGGCCGCCGGGGGCUGGUGCCCUCCAACCUGGUGGAGCAGAUUCCAGACAGCGAUAUCCUGGGCUGCCUGCCACCCGAGGCCGCUGACCUUGGCCCCACUCGACUCCCGGCUGGGCAGACAAAAGCUUUGAAGGAAGACGCUGGUCACAGCUUAUUACACGGGAAAGCCCAGGAAGCUGCGGACAGGGGGCCAUGCCAGAUGGUGUGGGCAGGCUCCAAGACAGAAGCGGCAAUAGAGAUCUCAGAUGCCAAAACAGAACAUGGCCGGCUGGGCUUGCAGCAGAGUGUGGAGGAGGAAGGUUUCUCCAGAUCUCUUCUGGGGGCCAACGGGGCCCUUUGUGUGGCCCCCAUGCAACUACACCUGCAGAGUGUUGCAGCCACUUCGGCCGAGGUCACUUGGGUCUACAGCAGCAGCAGCCACCCCCACAUGGUAUACCUUGAUGACCAGGAGCAUGCCCUGACCCCAGCAGGUGUGAGCUCCUACACCUUCCACAACCUGCAUCCCGGCACACGGUACCAGGCACGGGUGGAGGUGCGGCUGCCCCGGGAUUCGCUGCAGGUGCUUUGGGAAACGAUGUCCUCAACUAUCACCUUCGACACGCCCUUGGCAGGACCCCCUGACCCUCCACUAGACGUGCUGGUGGAGCGCCACGCCUCCCCAGGCCUCCUGGUGGUCAGUUGGCUCCCAGUGACCAUUGACUCGGCUGGGUCCUCCAAUGGAGUCCGGGUCACUGGCUACGCUGUGUAUGCUGAUGGGCUCAAGGUUGCAGAAGUCGCCGAUGCCACCGCUGGGAGCACCCUGUUGGAAUUUUCCCAGCUCCAGCUGCCCCUGAUGUGCCAGAAGGUCUCGGUGAGAACUAUGUCUCUUUGUGGCGAGUCUCUGGAUUCAGUGCCAGCUCAGAUCCCUCAUGACUGCUUCACCUGUCAGCAGUUGCCAGAGACUUCUCCCUUUAGCUACACAUGUGGUGACCCAUCCACCUGCAGAGUUACCUUCUCCUUCUGCCCUCAGAGACUGGCGCUGUCUUCCCUGAGUGCCAAGGCCAGCCCCCACAUCCCUGGAAGCUGUGGGGAGCCCCAGGCCCAGUUCCUAGAAGCACUCCCUGAAGAACCCCCAAGGAGGCGGUCCCCAAUGCCUGACCUGAGUUCAGAAGGAGAAUGUCCAAGCACAGGGUCUGGCUGCCAAGCCCAGGGGCCUGCAGACACCCAGGAGGUCUACAGAAAGGACCUGCUCUUUCAGAAGAGUCCCCAGAACCACAGGCCACCUCUGCCCAGUGGCCAGCCUGUGGGGGAAGAAGACCACUACCAGCACAUGGGCACCAGCCAAAGCCCUGCUCUGGGAGUCGUCCAUCUGUCCCCUGAGUGUGGGCCUCGGAAAGAACCAUGUCAGGAAAAGGCUGCCCUCGAGAAGGUCCUUAGGCAAAAGCAAGAUUCCCAAAGGUUUGCCCCUCCCCAGCUGGGCACCAGCCAACGGCAUGUGUCUGACUUUUGUGACAUUUUGCAGGAGGAGGCGGCAGUAUGCUUCCGACCGUGGGGCACAGAGAGGCGAGAGCAGAAAAAGGAGCUUAGUACCCAGAGCAGGCGAGGUCAGGCUCUGGGGGGCAAGAGAGAGUGCCAGCUCCAUGAGCCCAGCUCAGCGCUGUGUCCAGCUCCAUCCAGCAAAGUCAUUAAGAUGUCCAGGGGUGGCCCCCCAUUGCUGGGCACAGGGGUGGACUCCCCAGCCAAGGUCUCUGUGGCCCUCUUUGAUUAUGACCCCCUGGUGAUGUCUGCCAAUACUGAGGCUGCAGAGGAGGAGCUGGCCUUCCAGAAAGGGCAGUUGCUGAGAGCGGAGAGCUCUCAGGACACCCAUGGCUUCUACCAUGGUGAAUGCAAUGGGCAAGUGCGCCACGUCCCUGGGCAGCUGGUGGCCGAGGUGGAGGGGUGCAUGGAGCAGACUGAUGGAAGGUGGCAUUUAUCGGCUCAAGGGCACCUGCCCUCUGUGGCCCACCUUGAUAACCUUGGGGAGGUCACCAAUCCCCAGAGCUCCUUCCCUAUGCCCCAAGGGAACCCCAGGAGGCCCCCACUGUGGACUCCAAUGACCAUGAUGGCGGCUCUGGACUAUGACCCCAAGGACGAGCGAGCAGGGGGCCCAGUGAAGGGCAAGCUGUCACUGAGGGCAGGGGACGUGGUCAAGGUGUACGGGCCUGUGGAUGACAAGGGAUUCUAUUAUGGGGAGUCAGGUGGCCACAGGGGCCUGGUCCCAGCUCACCUGCUGGAUCACAUGUCCCUCCAUGGAGAGUGA